CUCCCUCUGUCCCUCUCCCUCUCUCUCUCUCUCUUUGUGAAAAUGUCUGCAGGAAUCGUCUUCACCUCUCUUCCAGGAACAGGCCACCUGGGCCUGAAGCCCACUUCCCAACAGCUAUUUCCAGCCAAGGACACAAUCGGGUGGGCUAGGAAAACAACAUCCAACGGCUCAAAAACACACUGCAUGAAGACGUGGAAUCCCAUCAACAACAAGAAGUUCGAGACGCUCUCAUACCUUCAGCCUCUUUCGGACAGUUCGAUUGCGAAGCAGAUCGAUUACAUGAUCUCCAAUGGGUGGAUCCCAUGCUUGGAAUUUGAUGAGGUGGGCCACAUCCAUCGGUCCAACAGCCGAAUUCCAGGUUACUAUGAUGGACGGUACUGGACGCUCUGGAAGCUGCCCAUGUUUGGAUGCUCGGAUUCAUCACAGGUUCUCGAUGAGAUCAACGGCUGCAAGAAGGCGUACCCAAACGCCUACAUCCGCUGUCUGGCCUUUGACAACAAGCGUCAGGCCCAAUGCUUGGCUUUUGUCAUUCAAAAGCCCAACUCCACACCUAACGAAGAUACUUGAGCUCUGUGAGGCCCACUCGUGAUUUUUAUGUAGAAUCCAAACCGUGCAUCUGUUCCAUCUCCUCAUGUUCACCGUACAUACCAAGAAUAAUAAUCCUGAUCCAAAACUCUGGUGGGAUACACUACAGGGAGAAAUGUACAAUCACCACUAAAACCUAUGCAUUUAGAUCGUGCGGCCCACCUAAGUUUUUGAAUGGUCAGAUUUUAGUUUUGACCCUUCAUCCUGAUGGGGUGCACCUGAUGAAUGGUUUGGAUGGCAUGUGAAUGCUACAUGGGGGACAUCACCUUCCGCAAUGCCCCCACAUUGAUGAUCUUUGAUGUGGCCAACCAGAGUUAUAGAUCAGGCUGGAUUUUGGUACCUACGUCUAACAUGGAAGGAUACAUCUAUUGGACGGGUUGGAUGGAAAUUACACGUUAUGGUGGGCCCCAUGUAGCUAGAACGUACGUAAUUACCAUGCGUUAGAACGCAUGAUCUCCAUAUCUAGCUUUUCUACUCUCGUUGUAAUGACUUUUGAUUUGCAAUAAUAUAGCUUUCUGUUAUGAACCCUGA